AUGAAAGGAUUUGUAGCAAUAGCUGUCGAUGAGGAUCCUGAUCACGAGGCAAAAGAAACAAUGAACCUUGAGUUAUAUACAUAUGCGAAGAAGGAUCGCAUCAAUGAGUUAACUGAUUAUCAUUCCCUGCAACAAUAUCAAUCCAAAGAGCAUGCACCAUUGUCGACCAUUUUUGAUGCAGUGACUCCCUCUGGUAAUUCAUUACUUCAUGUUGCUGCCAGCUAUGAAAGCGAAAAUGUCACAAGAUAUGUGGCUCGGGAGCUCACUUCCCUAAUCACAAGAGAAAAUUACCAGGGUGACACCGCACUUCACCUUGCCGCUAGAAACCGAAAGUUGAGCACAGUUAAAAUUCUGGUCCAAGCAGAUGCUAGCUUGCUGAAGAUGACAAAUAAAAAAGGAAACACUCCUUUACACGAAGCAGUGAUCAAUGGUGAUUAUGAUGUGGCCGAACACCUGGUUGGGGAAGACAGAGAAGUGGCUUAUAAUUACUACAACAAAGCAGGUAAGUCUCCAUUGUAUCUGGCAGUAAAGAAUGGCGGUGGGAUCGAUAUCCUUGAUCUUCUUUUGGAUGCUAUACAAUAUGGCAAUUCAAAUUACCCAAAAAGAGAAGAUGGCGAUUCGCAUAGCAAGUUACAACCAGAAGUAAAGUCACCGGUGUAUGCUGCUAUCGAGCUACAUAGCGAAGCUAAACUGCAAAAAUUAGCAACAAAGUUUCCAGCACUGCUACAUUAUAAAGACAAAGAGUUGAGAAAUCCACUUCAUUAUGCAUCAUCUUUAGGCUAUAUUGAGGGAGUUAAAUUCCUCUUAGAGAAAUAUAAAGCUGGUGCAACUGAAAGAGACAAACAAGGCAACUUACCUAUCCAUAUUGCAAGCAAACAUGGACAUGUUAAAGUAGUGGAAGUGUUGCUGGAACAAUGGCCUGAUAAAAUGGAAUUUCUCAAUGGAAAAGAGCAGAACAUUCUCCACGUUGCAGCUGAACAUGGGCAAGAAAAGGUUGUGCAGUAUAUUCUAACAAAUAUUUCGGAGGAGAAUGGAAAUUCUUCUAGCAAGCUUCCGAAUGCACUGCUAAAUGAGACUGAUGAGGAUGGAAACACACCAUUGCAUUUGGCAGCAAAGCAUGGCAAAUCCUUUGCUGUGUUCGGCUUAAUUCGGGACAAGCGGGUCGAUAAAGAGAUUGUCAACAAUGAAAACUUGACAUCUUAUAAUGUUGCAGAGAACCAAUCCAAAGCAGCUGUAAUGGAAUAUGAAAAAUCAGAUAAAAUGCUUGCAAAGGAACACCAGUGUGAUACAGACAACGUGGCCAUGGUGGACUUGAAAGAGGAUAAGUUAGCUGAUGCAAAAAAGCAACAUGAAACGGCAGAUUCGAACGGCUGCAAAAGGCUGGAUUUUUACCAAGUGAAGCAGGAUGUUAAGACCAAGAUAGAGUUUCUUCUUUUGGUAGCAGUAUUUGUUGCUGGUGUAACAUUUGCCGGAGCUACCCAACUGCCGAAAUUAGCUGAGAAAGGAAGUUCUAGCGAGUUUCAAAGAAGCAUCCAUGUUGGGCCACUUUUACUAAACCUUUACAUUAUAGUUGACAUCUGGUCUUUGAAUAGUUCUGUUGUGGCUGCCAUAAUCCUUCUUUGGACACAAUUGAAUGAUCUCAAAUUCGCACCCUAUGCACUUUGGAUAUCAUCAAACUUGGUUGGUGGGUCUAUAUUUACUAGCAGCAGCAAAGGUUAUAAGACUUACGAGAUUAGCCGAACAAGUCAUGACUCCUUCAGGGAAUUCAUUACUUCCUGUGGCGGCAAAGAUGUUUUAGAAAACCUGGCUAGAGAGUUUCCUGCAAUAAUCACCAAGCAAAACUUCAUCAACGAUACGGUAGUACUUGAACACCACGGAAACUCUCAUCCACAUUGA